UCUUCUUUAAGCGAAGAAAAAAAAAAUUGACUAGUCUCAAACUUCCUGUGUAUCAAUGACAUCGUAGAAAUUGCCUGAUUCAGUCAAGUAUUACAGAACUAAUAACAAGUGGAAGCAUUAAGACAGCAUGUCACAAAAUACAGAAGGCCUUCGUGAAGUAAUAUAUUUAUAAUAUAUUUAUAAAGAUACAAAUUAACAAAUCGCCAUGUCUGUAAGCGUAAAGCGAUGGAAUCUACGGUGCGCCUUCUAUUGCUGUUUGUCACUAACGAGAGCUCUGGAGACGUACGAUAUAGAUUGCAAGGAGUAUCAACCAGAGCCACAGAAAGAUGAGAACUCUUGUACUUUUGAUGAAUUUUCAGCUUUGAAAGUUGAUGAUUAUCAAAAUACGUUUCAUAACAAAUAUCAAGGCACUCAGUAUGAAUCAGAAAAUGAUUUUAAUGAUUGGGACAAGAGGCUUGGCAAGAAGACUUUCUAUUCUUAUCCUAACGAGACACUUGAGCACUGCACUUGUGUCUCUACGCGAUGUGAUUGCUCAAGAAGUCAUCUAAAAGAUGUUCCCAAAGAUCUUCCGCAUGACGUAACACAUCUCAAUCUGGCUUUAAACUUGAUUUCGAGCUUGCCCGGCUGUACUUUUUGUAACUACACACAACUGAUCUACUUAGAUUUGUCUUCCAAUAAAUUAACUCGACUUGUAACUGGUUCAUUCUUGGGACUUGAAAACCUGACUAGUUUAAACUUGUACAAUAACAGUCUUUUUUAUCUCAGCCAAACAUUUCCGAUCGGUGUCUUUUCUGAUCUGAAAUCACUCCGAUGCUUGAAACUGAACAGAAACAUUGACAACGAAUUCAGUUCAUCGUUUAGAUAUCCCGACGCAGCGUUGUCAGAGCUUACCAACUUGGAGACCUUAUACCUCGACGGUCUUGUAAGGGCUUUCUUUGGGAGAGGUUUCAAGAACCUAGUUAAACUAAGAUCGCUAGUCUUAGCGGGGAAUAAAGAAGGUUACUGCAAGAUAAUAGGUUUCAGCGAUAACUCUUUUCUGAAUGUAAAACAAAUAACUAUUUUGAAUGUGAGUAAUUGCAACCUAAGGGGAGAUAAACAAACAGAACGCAUCUUUAAGCCUCUGGUCCGUCUCCAAACACUAGACAUUAACUUUAAUUUGGAUCUGGGUGUCGACUUUCUAAUGCGUGCAUUAAGAAACAUGACCAACAACUCCAUCACAAGUCUCAGAAUGAAUAAUAUUUAUUCCAAUUAUCUCCCUUUAGUAACCAUCACCCAGUCAAUGAUACAAAGUUUGCCUGUUUCGUUGCGUUAUUUGGAGACACAAGGCAAUAAUUUUCAAUCCGUGAAUGAGGGCGCUCUUCAAUUCAUGCCUCCAAAUCUCAGCUAUAUUGACGCAGGCGGAAACAGAUUUCUAUACGGUAAAUACAUCCAUGAUCUGCAUUCGCUUAAAACACUCAAAGUUCUGAAGUUAAAUGGCGGGAAUAAUCUUCACAAAAUACCAACAACCGAGCCAACUUCAACAUUUUCAGACAAUUGCUGGCAAGGAAAUUCUAAAGCUCGCCCGAAACCACUUAUUUUCAAUCUCCCGCCGAAUUUACUUUGUUUAGACCUGAGAUUUUCAGGGCUGGCCUACAUUCUGUCCGAACUUACAAUAGACGAGAAUAAUUCUUUAGACUCUAUGAUUCUCAGCACAAAUUAUUUUCCCGUUCUUCAAGGACCUAUUCAUGGCCUUUUUAAACUAAGCAAACUUUUCAUAAGCGGCUGCUUUGUACAACUGAUCAACGAACGUAUGUUCCAGAACCUAGACUCGUUACAAGAACUCAGGCUCCGAAACAACGAGCUAGAUUAUUUCUUCCGGGACGCAUCCAGAAAACCAAUUUUCCGGGAUCUUAAAAACCUUAAAAUUCUUGAUUUAUCUAUAAACGCAUUAACUGUUUUCGAUGGUGAUAUAUUAAAAGACCUUGACGCUCUGGAAGAGAUUAAUCUAAGUCAGAAUAACAUGUGGCAGUUUAAUAUAAGUAUUUCCAACAUGUCCAACCUUCACAUGCUGAACCUAAGCCACGCGCAACUAGGUACCUUGCCUUUACAGACACGUCAAGAUAUUGAUCGCUUAGCAAAAACGCAAAACAUCACAGUUGACAUGUCUAGCAAUCCUAUACGCUGCGAUUGUAACAACAUAGACUUUAUACAAUGGAUGGUCAGCUCCAGGGCUUUUGAUGCCAACUUUGAAGGGUAUAUGUGCCAAUAUCAAGACUCCAGUUAUAAAAGAAUACAAGAUUCGUAUGAUGAAACACUGAGCCGCCUCAGCGUCCAGUGUGCUGACCAUUCGACUAUUUUCUUGGUGGUCCUCUCUGUCACACUUUUAAUGGUCACUACCGUAGCUGGUGCUGUCAUGUAUAGGUUUCGCUGGAGACUGAGAUAUUUGUACUACGUGGCCUACUUGGUGGUCAAAAAGAAAACAAAAGACAAAGGGAGAGAAGAGAAUUUUCUAUACGAUGUUUUUCUUGCGUAUGCUUCUGAGGAUGAGGAGUUUAUUUUGGAGAGUCUCUUGCCAGCAUUAGACCGCCGUGAGCUGAGAGUCCUGGUCCAUGGACGAGACUUUGCUGUGGGGGAAUUCAUCGCUUCCAACAUUGUGACUGCAGUCAAAGAGAGCCGGAAAACUUUAGUGGUUCUCACACGAAAUCUUCUCAACAGCACCUGGUGUAACUUUGAAUUACAGAUGGCCAACAUGGAGUCAGUCCACACAGGGCGUCCAGUGCUUGUGUUUCUCAUCAAAGAAUCCAUACCUACGACAGAGCUGAACUCUGACCUCUUGUAUCACCUUAAUAAAAACACGUACCUGGUGUAUCCGCAAGGGGAGGUCACUGAUGUGUUUUGGAACAAACUGGCAAGGGAUAUCAUGUGUGUCUAGAUUAUUUGAUCUAAUUCGCUGAAUUCAUUUUAUUAGCAUGUGGACAAGUGUAAAAACUUAACACAGUAGCUCAGAAAUGAGACAAAGCUUGUUGGUGACAAGACUCCAAGAGUGUAAUAAAAUAUACAUGAGCAACGUGA